UCUUCCAUGGUAAAAUUUUCCCUUUAACCUCUUCCAUGGUAAAAGUUUCCCUAAUUUUGUCAAUUAGUACUUAUAUUGGUGAAGUGGUUUUACCAAAUUACCCCCUUGCCAGUUGGUGUUUAUUUUUUCGCGGCUUCGAUUCUUCUAUUCUGCUCUUCCAUCCUUCACUUUGAUCACUUCUUCAAUGGCUUCCCGAAACCCUAAUUCCUCUAUGUACCCUCAAGUAGUAAUUGCCCGUAAUACCCCUAUCCUCUCUUCCUCCUCUACCACUACCCCUCGUCAAAAUCUUUACCCAACUAUUGACAUGAACGACCGUCUCGAAAACCUCUUCCCUGACAAUGACCAAACUGCCCCUGAUCAACAACGUUAUUCACCCUCUGCCCCUCCUCAAACCCUCGAAGAAACUCUUCUUAUCAUCCCUGGUUCCAUUCUCCACUUGAUCGACAAGCACUACUCCGCUGAACUCGCCAACGGAGAUUUGUCUAUACAUCGUCUCGGACAAGGGAACAACAUAUUCGCUGUAGUUGUUCGUGCCGGAGAUGAAAUACAAUGGCCAUUGACUAAGGACAUUGCUGCCGUGAAGCUCGAUGAUUCACAUUACUUUUUCUCAUUUCAAGCUCCCAAGGAUGAUGAAUCGGAUAAGGAUGAGUCGGGGAAUGACUCGUUGAAUUAUGGUUUAACCAUUGCCUCUAAAGGACAGGAGAAGUUAUUGAAGGAAUUGGAUGGCAUUUUGGAAAAUUACAGCAACUUUGCGGUUCAGAAAGUGGAGGAGAAGGCCAUGGUGGCAUUGGGUGGACCGAUGGCGAAGGAGUUGUCACCGACGGAUUUAAACUCGGAGAAGAAGAAGCAAGUGAUGGAAGAGAGGUGUGCGGCGUAUUGGACCACAUUGGCGCCUAAUGUGGAGGAGUACAAUGCGACGGCUGCAAAGUUAGUUGCUUCGGGCUCGGGGCAUUUGAUAAAGGGGAUUUUGUGGUGUGGAGACGUUACUGCAGAUAGAUUGAAGUGGGGGAAUGAGGUUCUGAAGAAUAGGUUUAAGACAGGUUCGAAGACGGAGGUCAGUCCUGAGACGUUGAAGAGGAUCAAAAGGGUUAAGAGAGUAACAAAAAUGACGGAGAAAGUGGCAGUUGGAGUCCUAUCUGGAGCUGUGAAGGUUUCGGGACUCUUUACUAGGUCCAUUGCAAAUUCCAAAGCAGGAAAGAAGUUCUUUAGCCUCCUGCCAGGGGAAAUGGUUCUUGCCACUCUUGAUGGAUUUAGCAGAAUAUGUGAUGCCGUUGAAGUUGCUGGAAAGAAUGUGAUGUCUACAUCAGGCACUGUGACGACGGAAUUUGUUUCUCACAGGUAUGGAGAAGAAGCAGGUGCGGCAACCAGUGAAGGGCUUGAUGCUGCAGGGCAUGCUUUUGGGACUGCAUGGGCUGUUUUUAAGAUCAGAAAGGCACUGAACCCCAAAAGUGCCUUGAAGCCCACUGCCCUGGCUAAAUCUGCUGCUAAAUCUGCUGCUAUGGCUGCUGCAACUGAUAAGAAGGCUAAGAGUUCCAAGUAGUCAUCAAUUAGUGUGACCUUGUUUGACCUACCAUUGCAGAUUUGUGGGAGGUGUUGGAAGCAAUUGCGCUAUUUCCUUUAUACUUGUGAAGUAUGUUCUUGUGAGGAAAGCUCAUCUUAGCUGUGGCUCUAUCAGCAAAUGGUGUCGUCCUGAAAAGAUUUAGUAAAUUGUGAGUGGUGGAGACAGGCAGCUCUUAGCAAUGGCCAUUAGGCAUCGCAAGAAAAAUACUCAGAGAUAACCGGCAUUGGGCUCUGACAUAUUCAUAUUAUUUUGGUGCAUGUGUGUGUAUAUACAAGUGAGAGCACCAACGCACCUGAUGUUUACUGUGAGGAGUUUAAGUUUCCAUUCUUUUUCUCAAUGUUAUAUUUAUGCGAUACCAACUAUUUAACAUUAAGAUUAAUUAUUUACUACGGUGAAUUAAAUUAAUCACUUCACUUAGUUCCAGCAA